AAAUAUACAUCAAUUGUAUAAGGCAGACAAUACAAGUCCGUUUUAUGCUUGUGUGGCUUUUGUUACUCCAAAUCAAGUGUGCGAAGGUGAAUUGUGUGUCCAAAAACAAGAGACAAAGCUACGAGCCGAGACAAUGUUGACUACUGUCAAACUCCCAGCAGCAGGAUAGACGUGUCAGUGGAUUGGUUGUUGGUGUGGAUUGUAUUGUCUCGAGGGACGAGAGUGUGGUAACAGUAGUAAAAUUGCGUCUGUUUUUCUAUGUCGUGUGUGGAGAGCUGGCAAAUUCGUGCUUUGGUAGAUCGCGUGGUGUUUUCCCGUUUUGCGAUCCGGAUUGUGGCCUGAGGGAGUUCGUUCCGGGAAAUACGUUUGGAUGUUCGUCGUCAAUGCAGUUCAAUAGUCAAAAUGACCAACAUUUUACAACAAGAUGUACAACAGAUGCUGGAAUUUUUCGCCAAGAAUUACUACUGCGCCAAGGAGUGUGAAGUGGGUAACCUAGUCUUGCGGCGAUGCACCCAGCUGAUGCGAUUAGAUUACGAAGUGGUCGAGAUCGCAAAUCCAAAUGGGGAUCUCUCGGCACACUAUCCGUCUACCCUACUUAUACCGGACCGUGAACUCAGUGGUGAUCCCGACAGUACCAGCAGCAGCAGCAGCCUGUCCAGUAAACAUACACAAUCUACUGCCAGCAGAGAAGAAAAAAAAAAUAUCUUUCGCGAUAAGCUGGAUGCCAUUCGGUUGCGUAAUAUGAUGCUUACGGCACGAACCGCACGUUGUCGGGCGAGAUUUCCCGUCCCAGUGAUUUUGUACCGGGGGAAGUACGUGUGCCGUUCGUCUACGCUUUCCGGGGGUCCCGAAAUCUACACCAGACUCGGAUUGAACUAUCUCAACGGGGCCUACCCACCAUACGAAUCAGAAGAGGAUAGCGAGCCCGAGAAGGAGGAAAGCGAGCCAAAAAAGGAUGAAAACAAGGCUGAAAAGGAGGAUGGCGAGCGCGAGCCCAGGAAAGAUGCCGACGAGAAAUCAGCUGAUGAAUGGCCUUUGUGUGGUGUGUUACGCAAGAAAGACAUCGCUUUACUACAAUCUCUGAACGUGAAAACGAUUAUUGAUUUCAUGGUGGAAAAGAAAAAAGUCAAGUUCUGGAUGAAAGUAACGUCAUCGGAGAAAGCUGAUAAAGAAAAUAGGUACAAAGAAUUCAAAGUUAUAGUACUGCCUUAUCCGGGUUGUGAGUUCUUCCGCGAGUAUUUCGAUAGCAACUGCCGAGCCGAAGGUCUGUUUUUCAAUUGGAAUCAGCCUUACGUGGAUGCUGAGAUAAGUAUCCCGCAUGAUUUCGUUACAUCCCAGCUAGAUAUCGAAUGGUCGAACUACAAGCAGUGGGAUUUGCUAACGAUUACCCUCAACUACCUGCAGCUGAUCAUUAGAUACUUGCAAGAGAGCGAAUCGGGAAUGCUUGUGCACUGUAUUAGUGGCUGGGAUCGUACGCCAUUGUUCGUUUCGUUAAUAAGGAUUUCUCUGUGGGCAGACGGUGCCAUUCACGAGUCGUUAGAUGAAAUGCAGUUACUCUAUCUUACAAUUGGCUACGAUUGGUAUCUGUUUGGUCACAAUCUACCCAAUCGCUUACUCAAGGGAGAGGUAAUACUUCCAUUCUGCUUCAAUAUGCUCAAAUACAUCACGAAUGAAGAAUUUAGCACACUAACUCAUAGAUUCCGUACUCAGCACAGUAGUGAAAGCAGUAACAUAGACGUAGUGCACACCGGGAGCGGUACUAGACUCGACUCUCUCGGAGGCGAAAGUCGGGGGUCGAGCAUUUCUCUAAGUUCCAUUGCCAGCGGGAAGAGCGCCUCCAUAUAUGACCUUCAGAACUGCCUAAGUAGUACCGGUGUAGGACCUAAUGCAAAUGGUGCAAGCAAUAGCAUAACGAUAGAGGGUCGGAAUGGUUGCUCCAGAAAUGGAAACUCGGCCUGCGGAACCAACUAUGCCGAUGAGGUGUUGAGCUUCAAUGCCUCGAACGGCAAUUAUUUAUCAAAUAGUCACGAUAGCAAUAGUAGCAGUAUUGGAGUCAUACCGGAAGACAACUCUAACCACAAUGAUCAAUGGUCGCUAGGGCCUCCAAGAAGAACUAGUCCUGUAUCAGUGCCAAGGGAGCAGAACAGACUACGACAGCGCCAGGAAUCCACCUCAUCCGUCGGCAGCUGGCAAAUGGUCACCGGUACUGGUAGUUUCCGCAGCAGUGAGUCGGUUAACGAGAUGCACUCCAAAAUGCUGUGUAGUCAUCAUCCUCCAAACAACUUGAAAAACAGCCAUCCACCGCACGAUCACUGCAGUACGGAUGCAAACGGUGCCCGUGUUUGUACGCCUAAUGCUAACCAGCAGCACAGUUGCUGUACGGUUCGCAAUGGCAAGUGCUUCCCUAACUAUAUUGAUCUAUAUGCGCGGCGACGCGAACGAAUAAAAGCCCUCCGGACACUGUUCAGCAAUUGUUACUACUCAUCGAUCGGAUCCAGUCAGCCCAAUUCAACGAUAAGCAAUCUGCUUGGGAACCUAGCCGAGAGAGUCGGGCUGGGGAGUCGUCCCACGUAAUCUUUGGUUUGGUCGAAAACAACGCGACUCCCCGAUGUGAAUGCGCCGCGUGUGUCUUCCGCUGAAUUAAGAAAGCAGUUCUCUCUUCUGAUUCAGAUUUUAUGUUGCAUUUUUUUAACGGGACACAUUCUCUCGCUCACACAAAAUUGUCGACAUUUCAAUGAAAGAAACACCGAACUAAUGUUCAUUUUUAUUAGUAGCGAGAACGAAAAGAGAUGUAGCUAUUUUGUUUUAUUGUGUAACCGACGUUGAUUUUUUUUCCACACACUGGCAUGAUACAAAAUUUUAUGUUUGUUCUCCCUUUCUAAUCAUUGUAGUUGAUAUUAUAAAAAAAACGUUUCGUGAAGGUUUUACCUUUUAAUGUAUUUAUAGUCGUGAUUUAAUUUUUUUUACAGUAUAACA